GCCAGAGAGGCAGAGAGAGCAGGGGGACAGCCAGCUGGGUGCCAGGGACUAUGGCCGGGACGUUCCCCCCUAAAAUAAGCCCCACGCUAAUGACCCCGGAUCCCCAUUUCAUCCCCGGGUACAGUGGUUUCUGCCCCCAGUACAGGUACAGCCUGGGCAAGACCUACGGGCAGCUCACAUCUCAGCUACUGACCAAUCCAGACAUCCGACGCUCAGAACUCCUGGUGCUUCAGUCCAACCCGUUCCCACCGCCCCGAGAUCACAGCUUUGAUGGUGGAUCACAGGAACUCGGGGGGAGGAGGCAGCACCCCGGAGACCCCAAUCUGACGAUCAGCAUGAUCCCCGGAUACACUGGAUUCAUCCCCAGAUCCCAGAAGUUCUUCGCCAAGACCUACGCCGAGACCAGCCGGGACGCACUCAGCGACUUCCACAGCGAGCGGCGGGGGCAGGAGGCGCAGAGGCAGGAAUUGCUUCUCAUGUCCAAACUGCAGGAGGGCCGACUGCCCCGCACUGAGCAGGAGAAGCAGCUGCUCGCCUCCCGGCACCGCACCCCCCUGCCCGCCUUGGCUAAGGAACCUGCCCCCUUUAUGGCUCUCCGAGGCUUCCAGCCACAGGGAUCCCCCUAUUACAUGGAGGAGGAGAACCCCAAUAAGUGCUUCAUCUCAGGCUACACGGGGUAUGUGCCCCGGUCCCGUUUCCUGAUUGGCAGUGGGUACCCGAUCACUACGAACCGGGCGAUGGUGGAGUUUGCCCACAUGAACCAGAAGAAAGGGGUGCGAUUCAGCGAGGGGUACAAGGAGGGGGGCAGCCCACACACGGAGCCGGGGCAAAUCUAUCUGGAAGAGCUUGGCUUGUUGCCCCGUUACACUGGAUACGUCCCAGGUUACAAGUUCCAGUUCGGCAACACCUUCGGCCGUCUCACCCAGAAUGCACUGGGGCACAGCACUCUGCAAAAGCAAACAGUAAACUGAAAUUGCCCCAAGGGAUGGGGAAAAAGCCCCCUGGAGUUGUAUUGCCAGGAAGCUAUGAAACGUUGUGUCCCCCCCAGCGACCCCCCGAUAUUUAGUCUCUUGGGCACCGGCCAAUCUGUCCGGCCUCUCGGGGGGAGAGUGAAGCGCAAUAUGCAGUCACCCCAAUGCUUUACUCACUCCCGGUGAUGUUAGGGUUAAACCCCCCCAAUGUGUGUUUAGGGGGGAUUAUUCUGUUCCACUGAUUAUUGCUGAUACGCGGGGCAGUUACUGGGUGCCAUAGACACAUGGGGGGGGGCAACAAAAUGCCAAUGUGGGUAACGUGUGCAAUAAAUAUUUAUACAUUU